UUCCUGAUUCAGAGGGAAAGCGCUUAAGUCUUUUACUAUUACAUAUGAUGUUAGCUGAAAUUUUUUUAAUAGAUCCUCUGUAGGGAGGUGAUGACCAAGAAGGAGGACUUUUUCAGGGCCUGGAACUCGUGUCUUCACCACAUCACCUGCCUGUCUCUGGCACAUAUUCACCGAGUUACUUUAGAGCAGUUCUGCCUGGCUGUAAGGAACUGUCCUGACCGAGAGGACCAGGCUUUGUUAAAGAAGUUUUGUCUGCUAUAUGGAACCAAGCUCGUGUUCCAGGAGCGAGCCUGGUAUCUGGAACAUAAAUAUUUGACUCCCAUGACCAGCAUGAGGAUUAGGCGUCAGUUACUCCAUUUGUGCGACUCAGUGAAGGAUGAUGCCCUAAGGGUGAUCUCUGCCUUUAACAUCUCACACGCCUCCCUCCACGCACCGAUCGCUGGACUCGCCAACCCAAAGGCCGCCUGGGUUUUGUACCCAGCACCACAGCAUUCCCUGGCCGGGGAAAGAGCGCGGUCUCCGCGGCCCAAACUGGGAGCCAAGUUUAACCCCGACUCGCCGGGCCAUGCCCUCUGCCGCCUAGGGCACUACACCGAGUGGGCUUUCCUUUGGGCGCGCUCCAGAGCCGGUUGCCAUCCAAGGUCUCCCGCUGCUAGUGGUGAUUCAGGUUCCCAGUGAUUUGGGAAGACGGUGGUGCUGGAUGAAAAAUAAAUAAAAGUCUAAAAAUGAAACGCCCGUAGGCAAAGGUUCAGUUCAGUAAGUGACGCUUUCCCAGCCGCCACCCCUCCCCGAGGCCCUGCGAGGAAACACAGGAGCCGGGAAAGGGGAGUGUGAACCUGGAGUCUUGCUUUGGGCAAAGCAUGAACCCGGGCGCGUCCCUCCAGGCUGGCAGCUUCCGGACCGACGGCGAGACGAAGCUCGGAAACAUUUUUACCAAAUUAAAGUGUAAUGUGUUCUUGAGAAGAGCACAGACAGGGCACAGUUUCAUAAUGAAAUGAAGCGUCGGGAAGGUUCCCGCAGCUUGCAGAGCACGGGGAGGUGAGCGAAGCGAUCCACUGUAGUUAAGUUGGUUUCGGGACUUGGAGAGACACGCCUGUGGUUCCAGCGAGGGCCAUAGAUGUCGCCCGACUUCACUCUUGCUUUCAGUAUAUGCCCUCCGUUUUCCCUCUCCACAUCUCGCGGAGGAGGCAGAAGGGGACACCGUUGUGCUUCUGUCCGCAAGAGCAACAUCCAGGACGGGAGCCAAAACCUCACACCUACCGCCCUCCCCUAGGCUGGGGCUCUGCGCGAGAGGGCGUCAAGGGUACGCCGCCACCCGACGCCAGGCCCUUGGUCGAAGCUCCUCAGCACAGUCUGGGUUGCGCGGACUGCCACCUCCGAGCCGACCGCCUGCUUGUGGCCCAAAGAAGAGCAUAUAGCCGGCUGCUUUCUCCGACUCCUUUUUUUUUUUUUUUAAAGUGUUCACAGGGUCACCAGAGCAGACGACGCGGGGGCGGCGGAGCUGCAGAGAAGCAAAAAACAACCAUCAGGGUUUCUUCUGUGUGGUUCUUUUCCGGUCCCUGUCUUCAUCGUCCAACCCCACGGAGAGCGCGGAGCACUCGGGCGCCCGGCGGGUUUGGGGCUCCUCGCGGGCACGGAAGGUUGGUCUCUUUUCCCCGAGUGCCGCGAUAGAAGCUUAAGGCUCAGAGUUUGCCUGCGGCCGCCACCUGUAGCCACCAAUGGCAGUUUCAAGCUGCGGACACCCGCGCGCGCGUCCUUUCCCUCCUGCAGCGAAAUCCUGGGGUGGAGCCCGUUGCGCGUCCUCCAGCCCCUCGGC